UGGUUUAGCAACCAACCCUCAAUAUUCGACAGUGUAACACUGUUCCACACUGGUUUUCACAGCCAGAAUACUGACCGGCUCUCAAGAAGUAGACCUAUCUGUACUUACAUCAUACAAUGUCGGACUUCUCAGAAACCCACGCUCUGAAAUCGAGAACAGAACCGUCAAAGAGGAGCGGUGGGACAGGGCCUUGUUGUGCAGUUUGCGCGGUGGUCUUUGCGUGCCUGUGGAUCCUCACUGUGGUCGCCGGUCUGACCAUUUACUUCUUUUACCUUGCGCCAGAGAAGGAAUUGCAGAGGACGGAGCAUAACAAACAGAAAGAGAACGUGACCUGGCUGCUCACUGAGCUCAUGUCUCGUCUGGAUGAAAAGGAGUAUGUCAAGCAACUGGCCCAAAACUCUCUGUCCAGACAGUUGUACAGCAGGGUUAUAAGUGUAUAUUCGGCGUCGUUGGGGGUGGAGGGGAAAGUCCCUAAGCCAGUUUGGGACUGGAUCCAGGAAGCUGCAGCUGACAUAACUCUGGACCCUGAAACAGCAAACCCCUGGCUCUCCCUUUCCAAGGACAAGAAAAGAAUAAGCAUGGGGAAAUCGUAUCAGACGGCGCUGUCUGCCGGUCCGAAGAGAUUUGCCAUUCUUGUCUGUGUCCUGGGCAGAGAGGGCUUCACCUCGGGGAGACACUACUGGGAGGUGGAGGUGGGAGAGAAGACUGCCUGGGAUAUAGGAGUGGCCAAAGAGUCCAUCGAAAGGAAGAAUAAUAGUAUAAUCAGUCCUAACAGAGGCUACUGGUCUAUACAGCUGAGGAAAAACAAUGUAUACAAGGCUCUCUCUUCCCCUUCGACUGUCCUCCCUUUGAGCCUAAAGCUCCAGAAGGUGGGAGUGUAUGUGGAUUAUGAGGACGGGCUCGUCUCCUUUUUCAAUGUGAAGGAAAGGUGCCAUCUCUACACGUUCACUGCCAACUUCAACGAGAGACUCUAUCCAUAUUUUUCCCCCUCUACUUUGGACAACGGUCAAAACUCAGCCCCACUGAUCAUCUCUCCUGUCAGCUAGAGCGCUUGGACAAGUUGGGCUGCUCCAGUGUGUUAAGCAAAAACUUGCCUCGUUCCAAAGAAGAGCUGAACCGGACCAAGAGUUGUAACACUUUAUUUCACAGAGGCCUCUGGAGCCAUGAUAACAAGCCACAGCCCUGCCUGGAUGGACAAAGAAAGGCUCUCUGCCUAGUUUCUUGGUAUCUUUUGUCUCCCCAGUUAGAUUAGCUAAUCAUCUGUCAUUCCAUAUAGAAUUACCAAUAUGUAUCCUCCUUGUAUGCUAACACACAACUCCGAACGCUGUUGCUAUAGAGCAUACUUCAACACAUCUAGUUAAGGAUGGCAAUGCUGGCACUGUGGUUAGAAUUGGUGCCGUACAGCACAGGGACCCUGGGUUGCUAUAUAUAGUUUUCCUCUUGCUGUCUGGUUUCCUCCAACAGUCCAAAGGCAUACUGGUAGGCUAAUUGGCUUGUGGGGAAAUUGGCCCUGGUGUGAAUA